AUGGUAAAGAUCAAGAGCAUCGAAUAUUUCCGGGUUCUCCCACGAUGGCUGUUUGUCAAGAUCACUGAUGAAGAAGGCCAGUAUGGCUGGGGUGAAAGCACUCUCGAAGGGCAUACUGAGGGGAUUGAGGGAACCCUCGAUUCUUUGUCGAAGAGAUUCCAAGGAUAUGAAGCGGAUGACAUCGAACAUAUCUGGCAAACGGCAUGGCGUCUAGGGUUCUACCGCGGCGGUCCUGUCUUCAUGUCUGCCCUUGCCGGUGUCGACAUCGCCCUCUGGGACCUCAAAGGUCGUCGACUAGGUGUCCCAAUUCACCAAUUGCUGGGAGGAAAAGUUCGCCAUAAGAUUUCUGUCUAUUCUUGGAUUGGUGGAGAUCGUCCCGCGGACGUGGAAGCGGCUGGCAAGGAGCGACUGGCGCAGGGCUUCAAGGCCAUCAAGAUGAAUGCCACCGAGGACAUCAACUGGCUCGACUCACCGAGCGUGUUGGACUCGAGUGUCGAGAGAUUGAAGACUGUCAAGGCACUGGGUUUGGACGCUGCCCUGGACUUCCAUGGCCGUCUUCAUAAGCCCAUGGCCAAACAGCUCGCAAAGGCUCUCGAACCGCACCGGCCACUCUUCCUUGAGGAACCUCUGCUCUCUGAGCACCCAGAAGCUAUCAAGCACCUUUCUAACCAGGUAUCAUGUCCCAUUGCACUCGGUGAACGACUGUACAGCCGGUGGGAUGUCAAGCGAUUCCUCGAGGAUGGAAGUGUCGACGUUCUCCAGCCUGAUAUCAGCCACUGCGGUGGAAUUUCUGAGCUCCGUCGUAUUGCAUCUAUGGCCGAGACAUAUGAUGUUGCCCUCGCACCCCAUUGCCCGCUGGGCCCCAUUGCACUGGCAGCCUGUAUGCAGGUCGAUCUGACCACGCCCAAUUUUGCCAUUCAGGAGAUGAGUUUGGGCAUGCACUAUAACAUCGAGGCCGGAGAAUAUGACAUCACAAGCUACGUGAAGGAUCCAAGUGUCUUUACCGUGAAGGAUGGUUACGUCGAUGCCUUGACAGCUCCCGGGUUGGGCAUUGAUGUAGACGAGGACACUGUCCGGAGGGUUGCACAGACAACGGUUCCCUGGCAGCCCAAGGAGUUCUACGGUCCUGAUGGUGCAAUUCGGGAAUGGUAG